UAUCUCUCUCUCUCUCUCUGCGUUUGUUUAGUCUGCAGAUGUCGGAGCAAUGGUAGGACCAACUCUUGACAAGAGAAAUGAUCAAAGGGAAGUUACUAUAUACAAGGGUACAGUCCUUUCUCCAAAUCGAUCUUUGUCUUUUUCCCGACAGCAAAUGAAUUUAACAAAUUGAAUCCAUCUGAUCCUUCUCACUCAUCACAUCCGAUCCAUCUCACCCCCACUCUCCUCUCUCUCUCGAUCUAAGAGAUCAGUUGGCAUGGGCACUGAGCACAAACGCCAUAUCCACCACCACUACAGAAGCUCUCAUCACCUCCCGAUAUUGUGUUCGAGGUCGUCGGUGAGAGACGUCCGGCAGCUUUCCAAAUGGGAGAACCGGUCGGCCGCACCAUCCUCCGACGAGCCCCUGUCCCCCAGAGUGAGCUGCAUCGGCCAGGUCCAGCGAACCAACAGAGUAGUGGGCUUCCCAACCCCAACACCCCACAGAUUCAUCUCGGCUUCUAACAGCCCCACCACCAGUGCCGCCGCCGCCGCCUCCAACGCCAUGAGACACCGCAAGCUCAGGAGGUUCUUUUCUAGCUCAACUCUCAUUCGCAACACCUCGGUCGUCGCUGCCUCCUCCGCCGCUGCCGCCACCGGUAGCAGAAGACAGGUGACGAUGAGCAGAGGGGAUGGUAGAAGGCCCGGCCGGUGCAGGACUACUGAUGAUAACAACGAUAAUUACAAUACCAGUGGUGGUACUUCCGUCAACGUUGUUGACUUGGAUCCUCCUCUACCGGUGAUCAAACGGAUCCAAUGCGGCGCCGGCGAAGGCGGCAGUCUUUGGAAGAGGAGGUCCGGUGGGGUUGUAUUAAAGAGUUUACAGCUUCAACAAAUUCACCUUCCCAAUCAACCAGCCUCUGUAUGAAAUUAACAUAUGCAUGAGGGAACCCAAAUGAACUGAUGAGGUGAGAUUCGUCAAUUAAUUACUUUGGGAAACAGUCUCUGUAAAUGGUUUGUUAUGAUUUGAACAUAAUAUAUUAGACUUCUAUGAAUUUUUGGUUAUGUUA